AUGGUUAUCCCCGACCACAGUAAACUUCAAACGGUUUCGUCUCUUAUUAAUAAGUUCGAGCAGAACCCAGACGAAGCGUCAGGUCAACCCGUAAACCGAGCUCGCAGUCCAGUUCCUGGAAAAUUAGUUCAUAAUUAUGGUACGGUGACUGAACAUGGAGAAAAACAAGGCGAAAACAAAGUGGAGGUAACCAGCAUUUCAACAAGCAUUACCACAGGCACCACGGAGACUAUUAAAACGGAUGAAACAAAGGAGGAGUUGGUUGUUAAUACUUCCAUUGAUAAUGGUAAAACCGAAGAGGAUGCUACCAAGGAAGAAGUAGUUCAUCAAGAGGUUGAGAGCCUGAUUCUUGAAGAAGAACACAAGGAAGAGGAUGCUGAGAAAACAGUGGAAACCGAAGUUCAUGUCGAGGAGAAUAAAGAGCAGGAAGUCGCAAUUGCAGUCGCAGACACUGAAGUAAAAACCACCAGCACUUCUUCUGCUAGUUCCUCUGGUUCCAAAAAGAUCACAAAGAAGACCGCCACCUCAUCUACAUUUAUCACGCAUAAAAAAGUCCCCGUCACAAAUAAAUCUUCUACUGCCACUCCUAAAACUUCUACUAUCACCACGCAUAAGAAGCCCGUUGACAAGACUGACAAGAGUAAAUUGUCUGUUGGCACCAGUUCAUCAACUGCUCCAAAAAAUCCAACUACCGUUACCAAAUCAACAACGAAGCCUGCUACCACAAGCACACACUUGAAAAGUACAUCCGCGGAUAAAACCAAAGCCAUCACGAAAACGGCAACCGUUAGGAAUACCUCUACUAAACCAAUAGUUCCAAAAACGACCUCUUCUUCAGUUCCUGAGAAAAAGUCUGUGACCAAAGUUCCGCCUCACAAGCAGACUAAGAAAGAUCCCAAAGACAUAAAAUCUCAAGUAAAGAAAGCUCAAGAUAAAAAGGAAUCCACAUCAAAUCAUCCUGAAAAAAAGGAAGAGGACAAGAACUCUGAGAAAGACAAUGAACCAGAAGUUCAUGAAAAAAUUGAAACUGAAUUUCACGAACAGGAAACUAAGGAAGAAGAAGAUCAUGAAAAGGAGGAAUUGCACGAAAAUAAUAGUGAAGUUUCGGCAGCUGAGUCACACGAGUCCCACGGAGAGGUAUCGGUAGCAGAAUCACAUGAAUCUCAUGAAGAAGUUUCGGCAGCUGAAUCACACGAAUUCCACGAAGAAGUUUCGCCAACUGAAUCACAAGAAUUCCACGAAGAAGUUUUGGUGACUGAGUCAGACCAAUUUGAUGAAGAAACUCAUGUUGAAACGGUAGAGACUGUUGAGACAGAAAAAACGGAACUUCUCACUCAAACAAAAAACAUAAGUUCUGAUAAUAUAGUUGAAACUAUCACCACUGAAACAGUAGAGAUUGUGAAGGAACCCUGA